AUGGGCGGGCAGGAAUCGUUCAUAUACAGCUUCGUGGCACGUGGCACGAUGGUAUUGGCGGAGUACACCGAGUUCACCGGCAACUUUCCGGCGAUUGCAGCCCAGUGUUUGCAGAGGUUGCCGUCUUCCAACAACAAGUUCACUUACAAGUGUGAUAACCACAUUUUUAACUUUCUCGUUGAAGAUGGCUAUGCUUACUGUGUAGUUGCUAAAGAAUCUGUCGGAAAACAAAUCUCGAUUGCAUUAUUGGAACGUAUCAAAGCCGAUUUCAAGAAAAGAUACGGCGGUGGUAAAGCAGAUACAGCAGUUGCAAAAAGUUUGAACAAAGAAUUCGGGCCUCUAAUGAAAGAGCACAUGCAAUAUAUUAUCGACCAUGCGGAUGAAAUAGUGAAACUAUUGAAAGUUAAGGCCCAAGUUUCGGAAGUCAAAAGCAUUAUGCUGGAGAAUAUAGACAAGACUAUCGAAAGAGGUGAAAACCUGACCGUUCUUAACGACAAGGCCGAAGACCUGCGUUAUUCGGCCCAAGAAUUUAAGAAAAAGGGCACUGAAAUCCGACGAAAGAUGUGGUACCAAAACAUGAAAGUUAAGUUAGUUGUGCUUGGGAUUAUACUCCUCUUGGUGCUCAUUAUCUGGCUUUCUGUUUGCCGCGGUUUCGAUUGCACCAACUAG